CUUCCACUGCCUUCAGCUUCGACAUUCAAUUUGUCUUUUCCAUUUCAGUGUCUCUCUCGGGAAGAGGGAGCUCGGAAUCAUGAUCCUGUAGACACCAUUAACGAGUCCAGUUACUGUUUAUAGCUACAGAAAUGGAGGCUUCUCUAUCAGGGGACUCAGGUUUCAGCUCAGAAGCAGGUCCCUCCCACUCCCACCCGCCCGGACCUCACCGUUUUCCUCUUGCCGCUCAGCCGGAGAUUAUGCGAGCAGCCGAAAAGGACGAUCAGUACGCCUCCUUUGUUUAUGAUGCUUGUCGCGACGCUUUUCGCCACCUCUUUGGCGCUCGGCUGGCCGUGGCAUAUCAGAGUGAGACAAAGCUUCUAGGACAAAUGUUGUAUUACGUGUUAACAACUGGGUCAGGACAGCAAACACUUGGUGAAGAAUAUUGUGAUAUCAAUCAGGUCUCUGGACCUUAUGGACUUUCUCCAAAUCCAGCAAGACGUGCUCUUUUCAUCGUAUACCAGACAGCAGUCCCGUAUAUUGCUGAAAGAAUUAGCUCUAGAGUAGCUUCUCGUGGCAUCAUGCUUGCUGAUUCUCUGUCCGAUGAGUUCUAUGGAGAGACUGCAUCAGGAGAUGCAUUGUCUCAAUCUUUGUUAACCACGGAAAUUCAACCUUCUUCAACCCCAGGGUCUGCUUCUUACAUAAGGAGAUUGAGGGCAAAAAUUAGUCGAUUAUGGUUGCGAACAGUUCGAUCCUGGCCUUCGGUUUUGCCUCUAGUUCGUGAAUUUUUGCAACUGGCUCUUCGCACAAACCUCAUGUUUUUCUAUUUUGAAGGAUUGUAUUAUCAUAUAUCCAAACGAGCUGCAGGCAUUCGCUAUGUGUUCAUUGGAAAGCCAUCUAAUCAAAGACCCAGAUACCAAAUACUUGGAGUAUUUUUACUGAUUCAACUUUGCAUCAUUGCUGCCGAAGGCUUAAGACGUAGUAGUUUAUCAUCUGUUUCAAGUUCAAUUAACCCGGCAUCAUUUGGAGCAAAUCCUAGUUCAUCAGGUCGUGGUCUGCCUGUCUUAAAUGAGGAAGGCAAUUUAAUAUCGGUUGAUGGUGAUUCUGGAAAUUGGGUGUCUGAUCCUUCUAACUUUGAGUCUAAUACUGGCAGUGGAAUAAGCAAAUGCACGCUGUGUCUAAGUAAUCGCCAACACCCAACAGCCACACCUUGUGGCCAUGUAUUCUGCUGGAAUUGCAUUAUGGAAUGGUGCAAUGAAAAACCUGAAUGCCCACUUUGCAGAACUCCCAUUAAUCAUUCAAGCUUAGUAUGUCUGUAUCAUUCAGAUUUCUAAUGGAUGGAUCCCAAUUACCUUCCAUUAUCAUCGCAUUGCAAAGCUAAGCUCUCCUUUAAUGAUAACUUUAUUCUUUAUUUUCUUCA